AUGGCUUUUACACCCGAACCGAUGUCAGUCCUUGGCCUGGGAAGCAUGGGAGCUGCUCUUGCUUCCGUGUUUCUUGGCAAUGGCCACCCGGUGACCGUCUGGAAUCGAACAAUCGAGAAGGCGCAACCUCUUAUUCCAAAAGGUGCCCGGGUGGCCAAAUCUCCAGCCGAUUGUGUGCAGUCCGGCACUGUCGUGCUAAUCUCUCUGGCCUCAGACGAGGUUGUUCGAGAUGUUGUUAGCAGAAUCCCGACCCUCCGUGACCGCACCGUCAUAAAUUUUACAACAAGUCGGCCACAAUGGGAGAUCGAGACCGCAGAUAUUGUGACCAAUAAACUCUGUGCUUCGGGGUAUCUGCACGGCUGGAUCAACUCCAUUCCCUCGGAUGUGGAAGAUCAGCAGGCGACAGUCACUUACAGCGGACCGAGUUCCGUAUUCGCAAAGCAGAAGCAUAUUUGCAAGGUCCUGGGCAAGGCACAGUGGCUGUCAGACGACCACAGGAAGAUUUGUAUGCUGGAGAAUGCUGCUCUUUCAAUGGUGGCAGGACUGUGUGUGGGAUUCCUUCAAUCUCUGGCUCUGGCUGGAGCGGCAGGAGUCGAUACAGUGGAUUUCACGCGACAGGUAGUUCUGCCCCUGCUGCCGCUGUUCCAAGAUAUGUUGCCACAGAUGGCCAAACGCGACCAGGAUCAGUCCCACUUAAUGUCUGGUGAAUCAGUAUCUGUCGGCCAAAUGCUGGGGCUGGUUUCCGACGCUCGUGAGACGGCGGAGACCUCCGGUGUGUCUGAUUGCCUAUUCGAGGGUUUUCAUACUCUUUUGAGGAAAGCGACCGAAUCGGGAAAGGGGCUCGAAGAUAUUUCUGCUAUGAUUCAGAUACUGAGAAGAGGUUCACACCAAUGA